GGCCAGUCCGCCCCGCGCCUCCGUGCAGAGACGACCGCAGACGAUCAGCGACGAUGCUGUUCGCUGGUCUCUCGCCGCCCUAGCCGGUGCCCUUCAUGUCCCACCGUGCACUCUCCCUCCUCCUUCCCCCAAAAGGGAGCCUCCUCAUCUCGCCCUUCAUACCACAGUACGCGUUGCGCGAGCCCGUCCUGCUGCUCUUUCCCAGGCCUCGUCCCAAAGCGCAAGCCCGGCGGGCAAACGCGCUGGCUGUGCCGGCCCUCCUCGCGGAUUGCUUCGUAUCGCAUCGGGGCGCCGACUCGACGCUUCUCCAGGGCCAACGGGGAAGACCGUCCGGGCCAGAGCCAGCACUCGGAAAGACUGUCGAGCGGUGCAGACCGUGGCAGACACUGGCCAAGUUCCGCUCUCUUCUCCGGCUUUGAAGUUCUCCUGAGCAGAGAGAAAGCACGUGUGUGGCUGUAUGAUACAGCCUUGCGAUGCCCACGGGCACUGGCCGCUUUUGCCGAGAUGCGCUGCGUUUCCGCUGCUGCUCUGACGCGCAAGCAAACCCCCAUCUGCCGCACGCCUCAUCUCGACGCCUUGUCGGUUGUCAAUCUUGCGCAGCCCAUCGUUUCGACAGGCGCCUCCUCAGCGCGCACCCGGCAGUGUUGUACGCAGCCCGCGCCUCGCUGCCGUUGUCCUUGCACCCAAACAAGAGUCGACGCGGCCGCUUGGGGCUGGCGUUCCCCGGCAACGAACAUCCUGCACCGGAGCCUCCGCGACGACGUCAUCGCCUUGCCUCCCCCAGACAUCCCCCCUCGUCCGGCUGAGAAGCCGACAGCUUGUUGACGCCGUGCGAUCCAAACCGAUUCGCGCCAACUCCCUGCUGAAUCCAACACACAUCAUUCCCGUCCUGGACUACGAUGGCGAACGACCGCUUCGACAAGGAGGCCGCGGAAUGGGACAACAAUCCCGUGACGGUCAAGUCGAGCAAACUGGCUUUCGGAUCGCUCCUGGAGCAUGUGCCGGAACUGGCAGAUGAGCGGCGGGCAAAGGAGCUUGACGUCCUUGAGAUCGGCUGUGGCACUGGUCUGCUGACUCUGCAAGUUGCACCCCGAGUGAGAAGCCUGACGGCAGUCGACACGUCGUCAGGCAUGAUAAAAGCCUUGCAGGCGAAGAUAGACGCCGGCUCCUUCACCAACAUCCACCCGCUAUGCCUGCUGCUAGAAGACGCCGAAGAUCCGGCCCUUCGUGGUAAGAAGUUCGACCUCAUCAUCUCGCACCUCGUGCUCCACCACAUUCCCUCUUUGGACGACAUCAUCACGCUUAUGUACAAGUGCCUCAAGCCGAACGGCCGCAUCGCGCUCACCGACUUUGAGCGCUUCGGGCCGGAGAGCAGGAAGUUUCAUCCGGACAGUAAGAUGGAAGGCGUGCAACGCCAUGGCAUCACGAAGAUAGAGAUGGAAUGUGCAAUGCACGAGGCCGGUUUCGACAAGGUGCAGGUGUGCCAGGCCUUCCGACUGGAGAAGAGCGUGGAGGGCGGAGGGAGCAUGGAAUUCCCGUUCUUGAUAUGCAUGGGGGUGAGGAGGUAAGGCUGUGCUGAUCUGGUCUGAGAAGGGUGACGAAGCUUGGGUACGAAGAUGUUGGUGUUUUUACGACCUAAAUGAGUACAUUCCAAGGUGCUGACUAGAAUUACGUCCUGAGACGAAAAUUUGCUUCCUCUCC